AUCCCUUUGCCUCCUUCCUUCCCUUACCUUCAAGCCCAUUUAUUCCCCCUUCCCCUUCUAAAUCUCUCCAUCCAUCUAUAAACCGAACCCACCCUUAAAACCCUCUAUCCGUCUACCUCAUUCCCUUUCUCUCCAAUGGAAAAGCUCGCACCUUUCUGUGUCAUUUUGCCUUGGACAGCCUGCUUUGCCCUUCUCCCUCUCUUCCUCAUGUUCUCGUUCUCCUCCGGGGCGUCCGGCGCCACCUCCAUCCAGAACCUCCUCCAGAACCACGGCCUCCCUGGCGGACUCCUUCCCAAUGCUGUGGAGUCCUUCUCCCAUGAUUCCUCCUCUGGCCUCCUGGAUGUCCGCCUCGUCCGCCCCUGCUACGCCCGCUUCGACGAUGGGCUCGCUUACUUCGAAAGCCAGGUGCGGGGCAACCUCAGCUACGGCGCGCUCCGCGGGGUGGUCGGGUGGUCGCAGGAGGAGCUCUUUUUGUGGCUCCCCGUCAAGGGGAUCGUCGUCGCCGACCCGGCCUCGGGCGUCAUCCUCUUCGACAUCGGCGUCGCCCGCAAGCGGCUCGCCGUCUCGGCCUUUGAGGAGCCGCCGGACUGCAUCCCGGCGGAAGACGAAGCGGCGGCCGGAAUAGGGCUCGUUGGCAGAAGAGAAGGAUUCCUGCAUCAGAGACAAUAACUAGGACCAUAUAAUAUUCCUCUUCCUCUGUAUUCAAUAUUCAUCUCUCUCUCUCUCUCCUUUACUGAGACUUAUGCUGUGCAGUACAUGGAAAAUGGUAAAUGUCUUUAAAACGAUUUUAUUGCCUCUCCUUCUUCGUUCAUCUCUCGAACCUGUUUCAUCAAUCGAGUACGUCUUGAGAUGGUUUCGGUGAGGACGGUGAGCUGUGCCAGCUAAGCAAUCUGUAGUGGGAGAAAGCUCUCCAAUAAGACUUCAACAUGUGGCUUGGCUGGUGAUGACAAGGCAUCAGCUGUCAUUCUAUUAGAAUGGUCCAAGUCAUUCAUUAUGGCAUAUUUGUCAUGUUGCGUAACAUGUUUGUCAUUCAUGUGCCCAAUCGUGCUGGUGCAGGUCAUGUGAUGGGACUUCACAUUUGAUGUGUGCAAUAAUGCGCAAUUCAGUGC